AUACAACACAAAAAGUUCAGAGUAUAAAUUGAUAUAUUUUUCUAAUAAUAAAAAAAAAAGAAAAUUCACAGUUCAUCAAACAAGUGUGACUUGUGAGUACUGUAUACAGCAGAGGAAUAAAUUAAAGAGAAAGAUGAAGAACAAUAAAACUUAUGGUCAAUCGGCGCCCAUAGUGUAAAGAAAAAGAAAAAAAUAAUAAUAUUUGAAGCAUAAUAAUAAAAGUGUCCUUUUCUCAUUUUCCACGUUUUCAUUUUCAUAACAAAAACUCAGCUUUUCCCUUUUGUUCCUGUAGGGAAAAAAUCAUGAUGGUGGAAACCAGAUGUCGGGUAGUGAACCAUGUCGUUUUAUUAUAUAUAUAUAUAUAUAUUUUUUUUAAUUUUUUUUGGUGUACAUCAGUUUUAUUUUAUAUAUUAUAUAUAACGUCAUAUCCGAUUCCUUCACACUCUUAUCAUCUUCCCCGUUCCCUCUUUUUUUUCAUCUCUCAGUUUCUCUCUUUCUACAGUUCUAUCCUCUGCAUAAAAUAUGCUUCCCAAAUUGAGCAGUCCCUUCAGAAUGAAGAACAGAAAUGAUAAUUCCAGAAGUUAUUUGAAGGGUGUUGGAUUAGGAAUUCUAGUACAUCGAUCACCAGAACCAAAUCUAGUGGUUAAACAAUCCAGAAAAUUUUCUCCUUCACUUGUUUCAAGUUCUAAUAAUAACCCAUCUUUUCUGAAAACAUGUUCUCUAUGCCACAAGAAUCUGGACCCCCAAGAAGAUAUUUACAUGGGUGAUCAAGGUUACUGCAGCAUAAAGUGUAGGAAUCAGCAGAUUGAUAUUGAUGAGAAGAGAGAAUUAGAAGCUUCCACCAGAAAAAUGGUGGCUUCUUAUAGACAAUGUCUUAAAAAUGAACAAAGAACUGAAACUCGCUUCCUUUUAGAGGAUCUCCGGCAGCAACAUAACCGGCUUCCUCAUCCAAGAAUUCGACCAGUUGUUUCAUAGUCGUUUCUCCUCCUUUUCCUUUUCCUUUUUUCUUUCAAUCUACUGCAAAUGAUAACAAUGUAAUUAAAAUGUUUAAAGGAAAUAAAAAGAAAAUCAAAGGGAAGUUAGAUCUUAUUUGUUUCUAAUCCAUCCAUUACCAGAUCGAUGUUGUAUCAAGGGGGAAAAGAAGCUGUAAAUUUUGAAGCUCUAUGAGCUUUACUCUCUUUAAUUUUUGGUUAAGAGUAGUAUUAUCAAC